AUGUCAGAUGAAUUGGACAGUAGUGACCAAGAAUACUCAAAAUUAGACAAAGAGAAAGAAGAGGAAAAAGAAGUUCGGGUUGAAGUGCAACUUGAAAAAUGCACUGCCAAUGCCUUAGCUGUAACAUCUGUCUCCGAAAUGCUAGACCAGGGUGAUGUCACCUCUGUCAUAACAAGUCUAUCUGCAGAAGAUUCUGUUCUUCACAGUCAGUCAGUUCUUAAUGAAGCAGAAACCAUUGCUUCAUCAGGUGACUUGGAAAGCUCACCCUGUCUGUCAGACACACCUGUGUCAUCUGACCUGCUGUCUGAUUCACCCACCAUCAGUUCAACUGUAGGGCUUCUUCAUCAGCCAGUUGUCUUAACUUCUUCUGUACUGCCUUGUGUGUUGACGCAUGUGCAAGGGACAUCAGAACUUCUCACUGGUGAACUGCAUGAACAGGAAAGUCAAGAGGAAUUGUUAAUGGUAAAAGGAGAGGAUAGAGAAGUUCUGGAACCUUGUGUUGUGGUGAGUCAUGAAAGAAACUCUUAGUACAGUUGAACCUCCAUGUGUAACCACCUCUCGUAAGCGACCACCUCCCUUAAACAACCACCCAUCCAAAACACCAAAAUUUUCCCAGUCAAAGCCUUACAGUUGGAACCUCUAGUAAACGACCACCUCCUGUAAGUGACCAUGACCACUUUUGGGCCUUACAGUUAAUGAUUUUCCAUUGCUUUUAAUCUCUUGUAAGCGACCACUUGACGCAUUCUCUGAUCUGUAUGUUCGCUGUGUGUAGUAUGAAGAUAUGAAGAACUUUAGUGACAACAUGUAACAACAUAUGUUGUAACUUAGACAUUGCAUGCAAUAAAUUAUCUUCCAUUAAGUAGAUGUACCUGGACCUCUUCUUCGAACGGAGGCACCCUGUGGUUUGAAUCUUGUAAACAACCACCUUCCCUAAGCGACCACUAAGUCUUUGCAUUUUGGGUGGUCACUUACGGGAGGUUUGACUGUAGUGUCUGACCUAUACCCACCUACUUUUAUUCAAGCAAAAGGCAUGAAAUUUUUAUCCCAAGAGUCCCAGCAUUUUUCUAGAGAGCCCACCUCAUCUCCACUGCUUUCUUUUCUUAAAUCAGAGUAUUUUUGGAAAGUACCAUCAUUCAUACAGACUCUUCUCAAGUUGGUUCACGUUUGUUGUGCUUUAUAUGUAUAUUUUUCCUGCCUGAUUCAAGAUCAAUAAUGGCCUUCAGGUAUGGGGGUUCCUUGAAAUAGCCCUUUGGAGUGUUUUGAUGUCAGGAUGUCAUGUUACCAUAAUAUCGUCUCUUUUUCAUUCCCCUUCCACUAAUUUGUAUAUGAAUUUUGUUAACAAUAACUUGUUGACAAAGUCAGUCAGUUAUGUUUUUUGUUUAUUCUUUGCUAGUUUACAACAGCUGAGGCCAUUCAGACAAGCAAAUCAUCUGACAAGAACUCAUCACCAGCAGCAACAGAUGUCGUGGUCACGAAUCCGUCUAGUCUAACCUACUUGCGGCAAAUUUUUGAUCCGGAGCAAGUAAGCCCCCAAGGCCAAAUAGUGUCAGUCUUGCCCCAUGGUAUGACGUCUCCACUUUCGCCAACUUUGCCAGAACUUCACUCAUGUAAAUGGGAUAAUUGCUGUCAUCACUUCUUGUCUCUAGAGGAUCUUGUCACUCAUGUCAAUGAUACCCAUAUAAGGACAGAAGCCAGUGAAUACUGUUGUUUAUGGCAGGGGUGUCCCCGUAAUGGAAAGGGGUUCAAUGCCCGGUACAAAAUGUUAAUACACAUGAGAACACAUACCGGUGAGAGACCCCACACGUGUACACAUGACUCUUGUGGCAAGAGCUUUUCACGACUAGAAAAUUUAAAAAUUCACACACGGUCGCACACUGGAGAGAAACCUUAUGUCUGUCCAGUGGCGGGUUGUAACAAAAGGUACUCUAAUUCAAGUGACAGGUAUAAACACACACGGACACAUUCAGAGACCAAACCAUAUCACUGCAAAGUGGCAAACUGUUUUAAAAGGUAUACAGAUCCAAGUUCACUGAGGAAACAUUACAAGACUAUUCACGGCAAGGAUGUGAUUUCAGAGGAACAAGAAUGA